UUUUAAUAUUUUCUGAGAAAAUGGAACAGGCAGAAGAAAUUUUAGAGCACAGUUCUGAAAGAAAGAGAGGAUAUAGGGUUGAUAGGAGUAAUGUCUGGAAGCCAACCAUGAAGAAUGAAAUGCUCCUCCUUCCUUUCCAUAAUGUUUCAGAUACUGUUAAGGAGUUUAGUAAGGAAGAAAUGAAGGAGAUGAGGCAGAAAGACACUUGUAUAUUGAGGUUUGAGUCUGGAGUUCAGGAGUUCUAUGCUUCUGAUAAGGAUGUAUUUAAAGUUAAUGAUGUGUUGUAUUGUAAAACUAGCAAAGAUUAUCACUUAAUUUCUGAUAUAAGGGAAGUGUCUGGCUUGGAGGACUCGAAAGAGAUUUGUCUUAGGUCAUGAGAGAAUGAUGAUUACCAGACUAUUGUUAUUUCUGAUUCUCAAAUUCCUGAGUUCUCCAAGUUAAUCAGCCUAAAAUGAGUGAUACAGACAGCUAGUCUGACGAAAAUCAUUGAAGUUCCUCACCAAGUUGGGGUCUCUUUUAAUUACACAUUGGAUAGAGUCCUCGAAAACGAGAAGAUUGUCUAUGAAAGUUAUAGAAUAACUUGCAAUGGAGAGGUGAUUCAUAAAUCUGCUACAGUUCUAAAGUAUCCCUUUAUCAAGGAUGGAUCAUUCAUCGUCCUCUCUUUAAUACAUAGUCCUAUUUACGUCUUCAGGAGAUUUGUGAAGAUAAAAUCAAAUCCACUGCGAGAAAUUUCGGACAGGAAGCAUGGUUUAGUAAUAAUUCCGACCGAAGACAUCAUCUUUGUAGGAUUUAGUAUGCACAAGACCUCUGGUGGGUCAUCUUAUAAGUUCUCCUACCAAGUCAUGACUGAUGGAGAAGUUCGUUCUGAAGGAGAAGCCACUGCUGGUGAAGGAAAGGACUGGCAUGACGAAUACUUCUCUAGAUGUAAACUUCCUCGAGAAAUCAGAGUGAAAGCUAAGACCAAAAUAUAUCUUAAGUGUGAGAUAAAAACAAAUUCUGGAAGAAGAUCAAGAUUUACCUUCUAUUGUGGUGUUGGAGGUAACAAGUAUAGCAAGCAAGAGAAUGAUAACAUGGGAAUAUUCGAGUUUGAAGAUUAUACUACUCUUGAGGAUAGGGCUAGAACUGGGGUUAAGUAUGGCAUGUUCGGAGAGAUCCUGUAUAAGCUGCUCUAA